GCAGCCCUUUGCACGUUUUCUGUCGCCGUUGUGCAGGUGCUUUGCAUACACACGUCUCCUCCUCGCCUCCUCUGCUCCGUGCGGCUCCCGGUGAUCGCACUGUACCGGAGUCAUGGCUGAUCCGGUAGCCGACAUGUGUGAACGGCUCGUCAAAGCUGUCAACCUCAUCAUGGAUCCACAAACUAGCCAAAUGUUCCGACUGGAGGCCCUGAAGUUUUGUGAGGAGUUUAAAGAGUCAAGCUCCCUCUGCAUUCCAUGUGGUCUCAAACUAGCCGACAAAGCCCAUUCAGCUGUAAUAAGGCAUUUCGGAUUGCAAGUCCUGGAACAUGUAAUCAAAUACAGGUGGAAUAACAUGGCACAACAUGAGAAAGUGCAACUAAAGGAGUGUGCCAUGCAGCUGUUGUCAAGUGGUACCCGCUCAGUGCUGGAGGAGGAGAGCCAUAUCAAAGAUGUCCUCUCCCGAAUCACCGUGGAGAUGAUCAAGAGGGAGUGGCCUCAGCACUGGCCGGACAUGCUGAAGGAGAUGGAGGCACUGACCAGCCAAGGGGAGGCUCAGACAGAACUGGUGAUGCUGAUCUUGUUGCGAUUGGCCGAGGAUGUGAUCACCUUCCAGACCCUCCCCACCCAAAGGCGCAGAGACAUCCAGCAGACCCUCACCCAGAACAUGGACAGCAUCUUCAGCUUCAUGAUGGCCAUUCUGCACAUGAAUGUGGAGGACUAUCGCAGAGUGAAAUCUGUGCCUGAAAUGGAACUAAAGGCCAGAGCUCACUGCCGGGUUGCCGUGGCGACGCUGAACACUCUGGCAGGGUACAUAGACUGGGUGAGCCUGGCACACAUCACCAACAACAACUGCCAGCUCCUGGAGAUGCUGUGUCUGCUGCUGAGUGAACCCGAGCUGCAGCUGGAGGCAGCAGAGAGUCUGCUCAUUGCCAUCAGCCGCAAGGGAAGGCCAGAUGAGAGGAAACCCUUCAUGCUUCUCUUCGGGGACGUGGCCAUAGACGUGAUCCUCUCUGCUGCUCAGUCAGCAGAUGGACUGGCUGUUCAGAAAUCGCCUGAUGGAAGUUCAGUGGAAGUUGUGGAGCGACGUUAUGUCUUCCUGAAGAGGCUUUGUCAAGUGCUGUGUGCGAUGGGGAGCCAGAUGUGCUUUUUAGCUGGUUCUGAAUUAGGCAUUGAAAUUCCUGCAAAUCUCUGCAAGUACACUGAAGCCCUCAUGGCCUUCACCACACACACAAGCCAUUUUUUGAAAAUGUCCACUCUACCGACUUGGGGAGCGCUGUUCAGACAUGAGAUCCUGUCCAAAGACCCAGUGAUUGUGGAGAUGGCCAAGAAAUACAUGAAGACGUGUAUGACUAAUUUAGUCAAGACGGGGUAUCCAUCAAGAAAUGACCACCCGAGCUGUAUGUACUCCAGAGUGGACUUUGACAACGAUGAAGAUUUUCACUCAUUUUCUAUUGUGUUCCGUGCCCAGCAGAGUGACAUGUUGAGGUUGGCAUGCCGGAUUGCUCCUCUAGAAGCUUUCCAGAUUGUAGCUGAGUGGCUCCAGUUCCAGAUCGCCAGUCCUGUUGAUAUCGGGGAUGCCAGCACGACCUCUUCGGAAGGUAUGUGCUCCAUCCUGUCCCCGUCUGUGAUCCAGUGGGACGCAGAGACGAUAUUUAUGGAGUGUUUGGUUGGACAAAUCUUCAAAUAUGUGGAAGCAGAGAAGUUGCCCAUAGAACAGAGUGUGGAGCUUCUUCAGGCUCUGCUCAACUAUGAGACCAAAGACCCUCUCAUCCUGUCCUGCGUCCUCACCAACAUCUCAGCACUGUUCCCUUUUAUCACACACAAACCACAACUGCUGCCUCCAGUCCUAUAUAAGCUAUUCAAAUCUGUCACCUUUGAGACAACCCAAGGCAAAAAUGUGCCCCGGACACGAGCUGUAAAGAAUGUUCGGAGGCACGCCUGCUCCUCCAUCAUCAAAAUAUGCAGAGACUAUCCAGACUUCCUUGCGCCAUGUUUCGACAUGUUCUAUGACCACAUGAAGACCUUGUUUGACACGGACCCCACCAUCACAUAUCUGGAGAAGUGUGCCCUGAUGGAGGCUGUGGUCCUAAUCAGUAAUCAGUUUAAGGACUUCUCCAAACAGAAGGCCUUCCUGGAGGAUCUGCUUGCCCCAGUGGUUUCAGACUGGACGUCAGAGGAGCUGAGCCUUGUGUUGUCAAACCCGGCCAUGUUCCUGUCCUUUGUGGGGGCGGAUCAGGUCAUCACGGAGCAGAACAAAGAGCCGGAGUCUAUCAGCUGUAACAGAGCGCGGCUGAGUUUCUGCCUGUACGUGCUCUCUGGCGUGUUCAAACGCACUCGAUGGCCCACAGACCUGGAGGAGGCCAAGGCCGGGGGGUUCGUCGUGGGAUAUACCCCGAGCGGAGACCCCAUCUACAGAAGCCCCUGCUACUCCAUAUUUUUAGCCCUGAUGCCCAACCUGUUUGCACUGAUACGCACACAAAACAGCCUGUUCCUCCCUGAAAACCAGUCUCGUUUGAGUGAGACUUUUGCUCGCGCUCAUGAGAUUAUGGAUGGGGAUAAGAAGGCAGUGCUUGGUAUUACACAGCCUCUACUUGACAUUUAUGACUCUCCUGUUUGCAAAAGUAACCUGGAGCGUAUGCAGGGCUUCUUCUCAACUGUGUACGACAACUGCUUCCAUGCUCUGGGUAAUGGAGGCCAGUCUCUGAUGCAGGACUUCUACUCCAUGGAGGGAUUGUCUCAGGAGAUCAGCACGUCUGUUUUUGGCACCCUGGAUUAUGUGCCUGAUCACAGACUCCGCCCCAUCAUCCGUGUCUUCAUGGCUAAGCUGGUGCAGUCGUGUCCUCCAGAGUAUUAUGAGAGCCUCUUGUGCCCCCUGCUGGGCCCUCUGUUUACCUACAUGCUGCAGAGACUGAGCUUAAAGUGGCAGGUCAUCAACCAGAAAACUUUAAAUGAAGCGGAGGAUGAGGAAGAGGUGCUUUCUCAUGAGAGCCAGGUCACACAGGAGAUGCUGGAGGAACAUCUGGUUAUUCUUGUCACCAGGGAGCUUAUGGAGUUUCUAUCCAUGUCUUGUGUUACAAGAAAAGUGCCUGAAAACAAAACCGAAUCACACAAGGAAGAGGCUGAUGAGGAUGAAAUGAUGACGGACACUGUGCAGGCAGUGAGCUCCGCUCAUUCCACAGAGCUGACUGAACUGGGCAAGUGCUUAGUCAAAAAUGAGAACAUCUACAUGAGCUUGCUGACUCUUGCCUUCACGGCCAUCUCAUGGAAAGACACCACCAUCUGUAACAGGACUGCCUCUCUGGUGUGCUGGACUCUGCUGCGACCGGCCACUGUUGGUAACCUCCUCCCAGAUGCAGUCACAUGGUUCUUCACCAGUGUUCUGAGGGCUCUGCAGGUGCACGGGCAGCAUGAAGUCUGUAACAAUACUCUGAAUCAGCUCGCCAUGCUCAUCUACGAGAGCCUGCGCCCUCGUUACACUGAGCUGAGAACCGUCAUGACACAGGUGCCCGACAUCAACAUGGAAGCUCUGGAUCAGUACGACCAAAAACUGCUUGACCCCAAAGCCCAAAAACCCGGAGAGAAGAAGAGGAAAGACCAAUUCAAGAAGCUCAUUGCCGGAACCAUUGGGAAAGCUCUAUGCCAACAAUUCAGGAAGGAAGUCCAUAUUAGGAAUCUCCCGACUCUGUUUAAAAAGCCGAAGGAGGAGAAGGACAUAGUGCUGCAGAGUGAGGUGCUUGGUCUGGAAGCUCUCUUCGCUCCAACUGCAGACGAAGCCCUGUAAAAGGAACUAAAGGGACAUCUCACAGACUGAAAAAAAACGAGUAGAUUUUUCAUUUUAUUUUAAUUUUCUUCAAUUCAAAGUCUGUAUAUGUUAGCUUUUGUAUCUCGACAUUGCAAAGCUUUAGUCCUGCUGAGCUAUGCGUUUUUUUGGGGUUUUUUUGCGGCUACAUUCUGAUCUUAAGAAUGUAACUGCAACUGGUGCGUAGUGAAAUAAAUAUGAUAGUAAAUAUUGAUGGACACAUUAUUGCAAAUAUACAAAAAAAAAAUUAAAAUUAAAAUUCUACUAAUUAUACUCAAGAACAUUUCAGAGUUUGAAAACAGAUUCACACAACCAAAACUGGUUAUAAGCAUGCGGAACAAAACAAAACAAAAAAAUUACAGGGACAUUUUUUAAGUAAUAUUAUGGAAAAAAAUUACUGUUUCGUUUUUUACAAAUUUACUUUUUUGUAUUUGUAAGUGAUGAAUUUCAUAAUGGCUUACUUUAUAAAGAAUGUUAUGUCCAUGAAGGUUUAAACAGUAUUCAUGUCUGUUAUCGAAAUUAGAAGAGUUGUUACAAGCUUGUAUUGUACAGUGUAGCAACAUAAGCUAACGAAGCUGCACUAACCCAAGUAUUUCCCGUUGACUUUGUGCACAGUUCGUCUCGUACUAAUAUUACGGCCACUUUUUGUGCCAGGUUUCUGUAAACCAUAACACAGUGAUUCAAUCUCUCAGAACACAGUAGUAGUAGUGAAGCAAAUAAGCACUACAUUCCUUAUAGUUGUACAUUUUUUGGAAGCAUCUUGAAAUGGAGGUGUUCUUUAUACUGUAUGUUGCCAUAUCCGCACCUUCCAAGCUCACAGAGGAGUUAUUGAGUCAAAUGCUAAUCUUACUUCUAACUGGUUGAUUGAAAUGUCAUAAUAUUGUCAGAAAUGUAUUUGAACUGAAGUGUUGUCCACAGUCAUAAAGGCUGUCCACAUGCGACUGAUGGAUUUUAAGUAAUGUUCAACACUAAAAUGUCUGUACACAAAUACAGAAGUGGGUUUCUUUAAGACCUAUUUUGGAAGUUUAACAAUUUCUAUUUCGUUUUUUAAAUAAAUGUUUGAAAAUGA